CGCAGUUUGUAUAAACGUUCUGCUUAUUACUCGCAGGAAUCAAUUUAAUACAUUGACAACACUGUAACGUAUCUGAUCCGACAAAAUGAGUAAACGUUUGAAGCUGACUGGUCUUUCGGCAUCGAGAACUUUACGUUCAGGUAAAACCCUCGUUAACGCGGAUUCCUCGGAGAAAACCUCACCCUACUUCGUCGGUGAAAAGAAAAGAUUGGCGAGGACCAUCACAAAAAAACAUAUACCGAUUAAAAUUGAGCAUGAAGUGGUGGAGGACGAUGAAAUGAAUGUCAAAGAAUCACCAGGAAAAAGUGAAGAUGUGUCGACAAAUAUAAAAGAUAUAAAAACUGAAAAAUAUGAGAUAAAGAACGAGAAUGUGGAACAAUUAGCAGACCCAAAGUACGUUAAGAAUGAGAAACAGUGGAUGCCAUCGAAUUGGGAGAUUAUUCUUGAAAAUAUUAAAGAAAUGAGAAAGAGUGAGACAGCUCCAGUUGAUACAAUGGGUUGUCACAAGUGUACAGAUCCUGAUGCCAGUCCCAUAGUGUCCAGAUAUCAAUCGUUAGUAGCUCUGAUGUUGAGUAGUCAAACAAAGGACCAAGUCACCCAUGCUGCUAUGCAGCGUUUGAAUACUUAUGGAUGUAAACCAGACAUUAUAGCAGCUAUCCCUGACGAUAUUCUAGGCAAACUUAUAUAUCCAGUUGGAUUUUGGAAAAAAAAAGUAGAGUUUAUAAAAAAGACAUCAGUGAUCCUUCUAGAUAAAUAUGGUGGCGACAUACCGAAAACAGUAAAAGAGUUGUGCGAAUUACCAGGAGUAGGUCCUAAAAUGGCUCAUCUAUGCAUGCGAACUGCCUGGGGAGAAGUAUCCGGUAUUGGUGUGGAUACACAUGUUCACAGGAUUGCCAAUAGAUUAGGAUGGGUGAGGAAGCCGACCAAAACACCAGAGCAGACGAGAAACGAGUUGGAGGAUUGGCUUCCUAAGCCUUUAUGGAGUGAAGUAAAUCAUCUCCUUGUAGGAUUUGGUCAAGAAACUUGUCUACCUCGAUUUCCUAAAUGUUCGGAAUGUCUCAACAAGGAUAUUUGUCCGUUUGCUUCAAAAGGUGGAAAAACAAAGAAGUGAUAAUGCAAGUUUAUGUAUACAAUACUGAUUACAAAAUAUAUUUAU